AUGAAAUACAUCAUCAUGUUGGAACGAUUAGCCAAGAAAGCUCACAACAGACUGGGAAAAAGGAACGUGUCAACCCGGGAAGCAGGAUCUUUGUCGGAUGACGAAGAGACUAUUCCCUCUAUUGCUGAACUAGAGGAAGAACGGAAUAGUCCUCUGCACGGCGAUGAGAAUACUGGCGUAGAAGAGCUUGAACAGACUUUAGAAGAUGACCGUAUCCACCGCUCUAGAAGAAAAAUAGCCAGAAGAUAA